AUGUUUGCUCAACGGCGCCGUAUUGCUACCAUAUUCACCGCCUCCUUCCAGGGAAAAACCCCAAACUCUUUCUCGCCUCGGUUCUCUGCCUCCGUUCAUAGCUGUACGAAUUCCGGUGGCGGAGUCUCGUUGAUGGAAGGAUUUAGGUUUUCGAAUCCGAGGGCGGUUGGUAGCUCCGUUAGGUCUGCCUGGAGGAUUCAGCGGUCACUACCUUCCGGCGAUCACUCUCCGGCAGAAUGUCGACUGAUUAGGUGUUUGGCGACUGUGCCGCCGACUUCGCUUUAUUCGAAGCGUUUCGGUCCCGAUUCGGCGACGGGACACUCGUCACCGCUUCUUGGUUCCUACUCCGCGAGAACAGUUCCUUUCGGCUCUGUGAGCCCUUUCUCGAUUCAACGGCUCCAUUUCUCGACCUCGAAUGGCAGAGCUGAGAAACCUGGCGGUGGUAGUGAAGUCUUUGCUGGAAGUGGAACUGAUAUUGGUGGUGAUGGGAGCGACGGAGUUGCUGGUGGUGGCGAGUGGAUGGAUAAGCUUAACGAUGUAUGGCACGGUGUGACUGGUGUUGUGAACUAUACAGCAGAAAGGGCGAAAGAGGUCUCUGAUGGAGUGAACCCUCAUGUUCAGAAUGUGCUCGAUUCGCAUCCCUAUCUCAACACUGUGGUUGUUCCUAUUGGCUACACACUAACUGGUACGAUAUUGGCGUGGGUGGUAAUGCCGAAACUCUUGAGGAGGCUUCAGAGGUUUGCAGUGCGAAGUCCUGGUGGAGUGCUCUCCACAAGCAUAAGCGGGCAGGAAGUUCCUUAUGAGAAGAGUGUUUGGGGUGCCUUGGAGGAUCCUCUGCGCUAUUUGGUUACGUUCGUGGCGUUUUCACAAAUUUGUGCUAUGCUGGCUCCAACAACCGUGGCAUCACAGUACCUCUGACAAGCAUGGAAGGGUGCGACGACGAUUUCUUUGGUGUGGUUUCUUUAUCGGUGGAAGACCAAUUUGAUCAGUCUUGCGUUGGCUUCGCAUAGUUUGGCCGUUGCUGAUCGAGAUAAGUGGUUGACCUUGGAUAGAGUUUCGUCUGUGGGGCUUUUUGUUAUUGGCCUGACGGCUUUUGCUGAGGCAUCUGGAGUGGCUGUGCAGUCUAUUUUGACAGUUGGAGGAGUUGGAGGGGUGGCUACUGCAUUUGCUGCUCGGGAUGUGCUUGGAAACGUUCUCAGUGGUUUGUCAAUGGGAGUUUCAAAACCUUUCUCAAUUGGAGAUACGAUACAGGCGGGUUCCAUUGAAGGUCAAGUGAUAGAGAUGGGACUAACUUCUACAAUGUUACUAAAUGCUGAAAAGUUUCCAGUGAUAGUCCCGAAUUCAUUGUUUUCUAGUCAGGUGAUUGUAAAUAAGUCUCGUGCUCAUUUUCGCGCUAUGGUGAAAGUAGUCCCUCUGGUGGUCGAUGAUGUGGACAAAGUUGCACAAAUUUCGAAGGACAUUGAGGCAAUGAUAAAGUCGAACCCAAAGGUUUUCUUGGGGAAGGAGGUCCCUUACUGUUUCUUGUCUAAAAUCGGAAGCUCCUCUGCAGAAUUGACUUUGGGAUGCAAUCUUAAACACAUGAGCAAAUAUGAUUGCUAUGCCACUGAACAAGAGAUACUCUUGGAAUCGGCUCGCAUAGUUAAAGUGCAUGGUGCCAGACUGGGAGCUACUUGGCAAUCAUAAUCGUGGAUUCGUGGUUCGAUAGAGCCUCGCAAAGAUUGUUUCCUCACCAUGUAAAUGUUCAACCGAACCAUCCUCUGCCAAAAUCGACUUGGAAACCCUGAGUCUCGCAAUCUGCACGAAACCUUGUGAUUGUUAACAACACUGUCUAUCACUUGAUCCAUGACCUUGGCCAAGUGGGAGAUUUCGGGAAGACUUACUGGUUCCCAUCUGAAAUGUAAAUUAGCCUUAUGACACAGAAAUGUCAACAUCGAAGGGCCUGCCUCUACAGCCCCGAGCAAUAAUCAACGUCUUUAAGAAGAAGACUCGGCAGCAACAAUAUCGAAUCAUUCCAUUCUCUUCCCCAUUUUCGUUCCUCAGAGAAAGAAAAACAGAUGGAGAAUAGUCUACCGAUCAGCAAUCGCAGCAGCGAGACGGAGUACGAAGACCUGCUGCCGGUGAUGGCGGAGAAGCUGGACGUGGAGGGCUUCGUGAAGGAGCUGUGCGGUGGCUUUCAGCUACUCUGCGACGCCGAGAAGGGGCUCAUCACAGCUGCGAGCCUGCGGGCGAAUUCGGAGCUCCUGGGGAUGGAAGGGAUGACGGAGCAGGACGCGGAGGCCAUGGUGAGGGAAGGAGAUCUCGACGGCGACGGAGCGCUGAGCGAGGCGGAGUUCUGUAUCUUGAUGGUGAGGCUGAGCCCCGGGAUGAUGGAGGAUGCCGAGGCCUGGCUGGAGAAGGCUCUGCAUCAGGAGCUGCAGCGCACCAGCUCCCGUCCUCCUCUUUGAAAAGAAGAAAAGGAAGCUCUGGAAAUGGAAGAAUACUAUUCUGGACUGCUUGUUUUUUCCUUUGUUUGCUUUGUAUCUGCUGCUGCUGGUGUGAUUCCUGCAAAUAAAUAUGUGGAGAACGAGAUCCCCAAAUUCUGGGAAUUAAUUGCAUAGUCCAAAAUUAACCAGUGAGCUGUUCUUCUAUUGGCUGCUCUUUUGUGAUCUUUAAUGAAAUCACCUACCGAAAUGUAUGUA